AUGGAGAAGAAAGCCUCAAAUUCGGCCGUCAAGAAACCCAAAGCUACGAAGAUGGAAGACGGAACUGACCCGGUGAAAAACUUUGAGAAGUGGAAGAAAAAAUACAACAAAACUAAAGCCCGAGUGAAAUUCGAGAGAUUGAAGCAAAAGAAACCCGAGUGGCAGGUCGAAAAGGAAUAUAUUGACAGACUUGUAAGCAGAUACGAGGAAAUCAAUGCGAAAGAAGCGGUCAAAUUCUCCGACUUCCCCCUGUCAAAGAAAACCUUGCUGGGACUGCAGGCAGCGCAGUACAGACAGCCCACAGAGAUCCAGAGGCAGACCAUCGGCUUUGCUCUGCGGGGAAAGGACGUGCUCGGAGCGGCCAAAACAGGCUCUGGGAAGACCCUCGCUUUCCUCAUCCCGGUACUGGAGUGUCUGUAUCGCCAUCAGUGGACCUCCAUGGACGGACUGGGAGCUCUGAUCAUAUCCCCCACCAGAGAACUCGCCUAUCAGACAUUUGAGGUGCUCCGUAAGAUCGGCAAGAACCACGAGUUCUCUGCGGGCCUCAUUAUUGGAGGAAAGGACCUGAAGAAUGAAUCGGAGCGCAUUCACCAAACCAACAUUGUUAUCUGCACCCCGGGGCGACUGCUGCAGCACAUGGACGAGACCGCCACGUUCCACGCCUCCGACCUGCACAUGCUGGUCCUGGACGAAGCCGACAGGAUCCUCGACAUGGGCUUUGCAGACACGCUCAACGCCAUCGUGGAGAACCUGCCCAAGACCAGACAGACCAUGCUCUUCUCAGCGACCCAGACCAAAUCGGUGAAAGACUUGGCGCGCCUCAGUCUCAAAGACCCAGAGUACGUGUGGGUGCACGAGAAGGCCAAGUUCAGCACGCCAGCCACGCUAGAACAGAGCUACGUUGUGGUCGAUCUGCAGAAGAAAGUCAACAUGCUGUUCUCGUUCAUCCGGAGCCACCUCAAGAAGAAGGUCAUCGUGUUCUUCGCCUGCUGUAAAGAAGUGCAGUAUUUCUUCAGAACGUUUUGUCGCCUGAGACCUGGCAUCCCCAUCCUGGCUCUGCACGGCAAACAGCAGCAGAUGAAGCGUGUGGAGGUUUACAACGACUUUGUGAGGAAGCAAAACGCUGUUCUUUUUGCCACGGACAUUGCGGCCCGGGGCUUGGACUUCCCUGCCGUCAACUGGGUCCUGCAGUUCGACUGUCCAGAAGACGCAGACACCUACAUACACAGGGUGGGACGGACCGCCAGAUACCAGGAGGGGGGAGAGGCACUGCUGCUGUUGCUGCCCUCAGAGGAGGCCAGCAUGCUCCAACUGCUGCAGGACAAGAAAGUCCCUAUCAACAAGAUCCAGGUGAAUCCAGAAAAGCUGCAGAGCGUGGAGCAGAAGCUGCAGUCCUUCUUGGCUCAGGAGAAGGAGAUGAAGGAUCGCGCACAGAGGUGCUUCGUCUCUUACCUGCGUUCGGUUUACCUCAUGAAGAACAAAGCUGUGUUCGACGUCAGCAAACUGCAACUGCAUGAGUACGCUCUGUCCCUGGGACUCGCCGUGGCUCCCAGGGUCCGAUUCCUCAACAAAAGUCAAAGCAAAACAAUGGAAGCCCUGCAGUCUGACAGAGAGGAUGAUGAAGAGGAGCUGAAGAAGUUUAAGCAACAACUUAAAGGAGAAAACUCCACAUCUGAAUCAGAAAGUUCAGCAGAAGGCGAAGAAAGCGAUUCUGAGUCGGCAAAAUGCAAAACGGCCUUAGGCGAUGCCGACGAAGACGACGAUUUGAAAGACUUGGACUUCUUAAGGAUCAAACGAAAGGAUGUUUUCAGUCUCACAGAAGGGGAAGUGGAGGAAGAGGAGGAGGUUAGCGACCAGAAGAAGCCAAUCAAAGAAUCCAAGUUCAAAGAGGCCAAGAAGGUGCUCAAAAGGAACUUCCAAGUGAACACAAAAGUCGCGUUCAGCGAGGCGGGCGAGGCCGUGCAGCUGUGGCCUCCUGUUCAGAGGGCUGUGACCCAAGCUAACGACGACGAUGACGAUGAGACAUCAGGAAUCAACGUGGAAAAGGCCAGAGAGCGACUCAAGCUGGAGGACAAAGCAUUCGACAAGGAGGAGUACAGGAGGAAGGUGAAGGAGAAGCACCGGGAGAAGCGACUGAAAGAGCGCGCGGCCAGGAAGGAAGCCAGCAAGAAGAACAAACCCGACGAAGACGAGGAGGACGAGAUCGUGGCGUAUUUGGCCAACGACAGCGACGACGACAAUGACGAGUUUGAUCCCAGUACACUGCCCGAUCCGGAUAAGCAGGACAAGUCUGAGAGUGAAGAAGAAGAGGGGGAGGACGAGGAGGACGAGGAGGACGAGGAGGACGAGGAGGAGGAGGACGACAACGACGACGACAGGACUAAAGCAGGGAAAAGGCAAUUAAAUAGUGAAAGUGAGAGUGAGGAAGAGGAAGAGGAGAGGCCAAAGUCCGCAAAAAGGCUCAAAGUGACACGACAAGAAGAAGCUCUGGACACUGGGCUCUCGCUGGCGGAGGAUGAGGAGCUGGUCAUGCGUCUGUUGUCUGGGGGAAGAUAG